ACCUGAGAUUCUGCCUGAAAAUAGUUUCUCGAUUCUGAAUAGACUCCAGUUUCUCAGAAACUUUCAUAACUUGAGAAAACAAAACUUCAAUCUAAUCAUCACAAUUUCUCAUCAUCAUCAUCAUCGUCAUCAUCGAUUUCAUGAUAAAAAAGUCCUAUAAAAAGGACAUUUCGAUUCGAUAAAAAUAGUUACGUCAAACAAGUUCACCUCCAACAAUCAGCUGAAAUCUUUUAAUCCAAAUGUUCAGAUGAAAAGUUGAACAAUUUUUACUUACUUUUAGUAACCAAAUUAACUAACAAUCAACAGUCACAAUUUGAUUGUCCAAUCUAUGAAACUAUGAUUAACGACAUUGAUAAUCUAUUGCUGUCAACACUUUGAUAGUAACAAAUAUUGAUCAUAUUUGAUUGUGAAAUUUAUCGUUAGUAGAUUAACUUUUGUGUGAACGAAAAAACAAUUUCAACUAUCUAAUUGGAUUAACUACCAACUAAACCAUGAGAUUAACAGUUUGAUCAACUUUGAUUUUCCAAUCUAAUGCACUAAUUGUCAACCGAUGAUAAUCAUAAUGCAAACUGAGAUAAGUAAUUAACUAAUUGUUAAACUUCACCUACUCAAGUAAAUUUUUUUUUUUCUUGUAAAACUUUUUCCAUCUCAAAUUUGGUAACAUUUAGAACUUUUUUGUUUGUUCUAACUCAAAGAGACCACAAAUGCCAGGCCAUUAUCCAAAUCGUUAUAAAAUCGACGUCCUUUGCGUUCGUAAAGUGUUAAUCAUGUUGGUACAAUUAAUUAUUCUAACUUCGUAUUCAUCAUUGAUCUGGUUCUGUGAAGCUCAUGCACCACUUCAUCGUAUCUACUAUGGACCUCAUCGAUUUAAUCCAUCAUUAUCAUCAUCUUCGUCUUCUUCAUCAUCAUCAUUAGCAUCUUCACCUACUAUUGACCUUUCAUUAUUUGGUAAUCGUUUUGUUGAUCCUCAAUCAUCAUCUUCAGAACCUAAUCCUGAUCGCACAGAAAAUGAUCUCUAUUCUCAAUUCUCUAAUUCAGUAAAUUCAAUUCCUUCUUGUAAUCAAUUAAAAUACCUUUGGAAAGAAGCCAAUCGAUUGGCAAUUAAUUUGUAUGGACCUGAUUUCGCCUUCUCUCAUCCUAAAUUACAUGCAAAUCCUUUUUAUCUAACUAAUCUACUUUUGAGAAAACAUAAUCAUCAUACUCAUUCAUUUGGUGGUGAAAUUGUGAACAGUAUGAGUGGGAGUGGAAAGGGAGUUUUCGUUGAACCUGAGCCAAUACCAUCUCGAUUUCAACCUGUUCUAGUUAAUCCAGCAUUUGGAAUUGUUGAUAAUAAUGAUGAAAACACUAACGGUAAAAGUUCUAAUGAUAUUUAUUCAGAAGUGGGUGAAUUUGGUUCGAUAAAAGAUCGACUCACUCCAACUAGUUCGCUAGGUCAAAAUAACGGAUUCAACUCACCAGUUCCAGGGCAGUUUUCUGAUUACUCAAUACCCAAAAAUGAUCUUGGAGCGAUUUAUGGUAACAUCGUAAUGUCACCCGACCAAUUACAUCAUUCAAGUCCAACAUCUUCGUCUUCAUCACAAUUAGUUACAUCAACUCCAUCACCUUCAUCUCGAAAAGACGCUGGACAUAAACCUAAACUGGGCUUCGGUGCAGUGCUUACUAAUAGCAAGGAAAUUUAUGACUCGAAUCCCGAUGAAUCUUCCCAUCGAUCCUCUGAGUCCUCGAAAAAGGUGGACAACCUUUUCAACCUCGGUUUCUGGCACGAUGCACCAGUUGACCUCUCAUAAGGUAAAUAAACGAAUGACAAAUGAAAGAAACUCAUGAAAUCAUUGAAAUCGUGAAAAAAAACAAAUGACAAAUUCAAAUGAAAGAAAAAUAAAUUAAUCAGAUCAAAUGAAAAAACAGAAAGAAAGACAAUUGAAAGGGAAAAGAAGUAAAAGUUUCGAGCAAAUUUUCAUCAGCAAUCAAAUUAAAUGAAGUCUUCACAAUCAAUCAAAUUGUAAACAUUCAACAACCAACUUCAAAUUUACCUUCAAGCUAUUCUGAUAAACUAGUAAUCACUCCCAAGUUGCCUUUUCGAAAGGUUUUAAUCAUCUACAUAUCAAUUCCCAAUCUUGUUACAACAUAAUCAUAAUCAUAAUCAUCAUGUUCAUCUUCAAUAUCAAGCAAUUUAUCUUGAUAAUCAUCAUUAUUUAAAUUCCAACUUAAAUCAUCUUCUAAUCUUUCCAGUUUAUUUCUCAUCAAUCAUCAACAAUUUAUGAUAAUAUUGCCUGUCUUUCAGAAUCGUUUCAAGUUUAUCAUAAAUCUUAAUCACCACAAUCAUCAUCAUGAUAAAAGGUUAACAAUCAAACAACAAUAACUUUGAUUUCCAAUUAAUCUGAUCAACUGAUUACUUCAUCCUCUUUACCUUUAACAAAUCAAAUAAGUUAAUCAAAUCUCAUCAAGUUAAUUUCAUUUCUAAUCCAAUCUAAACUGAUUGUUUAAAAGUAAAUUGUCUCAUUAAUAAAUUCAUCAUACGUUAUAUGUUUAAUUAGAUUUUACUUUGAUUUAUCCAAUCUUCCCAUCAAUCAAACAAUCAGAUCAAUGUCAAAUUAAACUAAUUAAACUGAAAACAGUUAAAUAAAAUCAAUAAAAACCCAAAGGUGAAAACA